AUGAAAAUUGCUGUAGUAGGUUGCGCUCAUGGAGAAUUAGACAAAAUAUAUGAAGCUCUUAAUCAUUUAGAAACCGAAAACGGUUUAAAAGUUGAUUUGCUGAUAAUAUGCGGAGAUUUUCAAGCUGUCAGAAAUCCGGCAGAUUUGCAAUGCAUGGCUGUUCCUCCGAAAUUCAGAAAACUCAAUACAUUUUAUAAAUAUUAUUCUGGUACUAAGACUGCACCAGUUCUGACAAUUUUUGUUGGUGGUAACCAUGAAGCUUCUAACUAUUUGUCUGAGCUAGCUUAUGGGGGUUGGGUUUGUCCAAAUAUAUUUUAUAUGGGAUAUGCCAAUGUGAUAAACGUCGGCGGAAUUCGGAUUGCUGGGCUAUCAGGUAUAUAUAAAGGUCGUGAUUACCUUAAAGGCCACUUUGAAACGCCACCAUAUGACGAAUCUUCCAAAAGAAGUGUUUACCAUAUUCGAAAUAUGGAUGUGUUUAGACUGAAGCAGAUAAAAAGCCAUCUAGACAUAUUUAUAUCACAUGAUUGGCCAGUAGGGGUUUACAAUUAUGGCGACAAAGAGAAACUUUUACAACGUAAAUCGUUUUUUAAAGACGAAAUGGAUAACAACCAGCUUGGCAGCCAGCCUGCUCAAGAGUUGCUAUUUAAAUUAAAACCAUCUUAUUGGUUUGCAGCUCAUUUACAUUGCAAAUUUGCUGCUAUUGUACCACAUGAAGACAGUGAAAAGAAAACUUGCACAAAAUUUCUUGCCUUGGAUAAAUGUUUACCCCGUCGACAAUAUUUGCAAAUACUUGACAUUGAGAGUAAAACAGAAUCGACUCACCUUGAAUAUGAUCCCGAAUGGUUGUGUAUUCUUCGGUCAACGAAUCAUUUGCUAAACACUUCAAGAAGAAACUCAUUUAUGCCUGGUGUUGGCAGCGAUGAAAGAUGGGAUUUCACACCAACUGAAGACGAGUUGAAUGGCGUGAUGGAGUUAUUGAACUCGGAACUAAAAGUUCCUCUUAAUUUCGCUACAACAUCAGAACCUUACAAUCCUGCUAGCCCCAGUUCACCACGAGAUAACAGUUUGAAAUCUUACAUUAAUCCUCAAACUGAGACAUUUUGUAAGUUACUCGACAUCACCGAUCCCUUCUCUCUUGUUUGCAAUAAUUCAAAUGGAAAUCUGAGCAUUGGUGAAUUUUCUCGCACUGAUUACUCUUCGUUUUUAUCUUCCUCAAAUCCUGAUGAAAUUAACAUCAGCGACGAGGAUUCGGCCGAGGAAAGCACACCCAGCCCGAUAAAGCCUGUGAAUGAACCUUUGUUGCAAUUUCCAGAAAUUAAGGAAGUUAAUGUAUCUUUGGAUGAUAGUAAAAGUGAGGAGAAAGAAGUGAGCAGCUCUGCUAAAGUCUUCAAAAGAAGAAACUGGGCAUUGUAUAAAUCAGAGGAAGAUGAUUCGGAACAAACUAAUGAAUCUUAGUGUUUCAAAAAUAAGCAGCAAUAAUAAUUUUUAUGUAAUGAAACAGAGUAAAAAGGUUAAAAUAUUUUUACAUUGAAACCAUACUUUACAUCUUUAAUCUUAUGUUCCUAUCUUUGUCAUAUUUUUCAUUCACAUGUUUCGUUUUCUUUGUUAUUACUGCCUCUCGUUCUUUUUUUGCUUGAUACUGAAUUUUUUUUCUCCUACCUCUAUGCUUUUCUCUGUUCUAUCAGAUACGUUCUGAAUUAUACUCGUCCUUCUAAUUUUGCCAAUCAAAAGGUUAAAAGUCUUGAAGUUUUUCAAUUAUUUUGUGGAAGGGAUCGAGAGGGACUCCCCUUUCAGUGCCUAAAGGUAGUCUAAAGCCUGCCCCAUAGUUUGAACCUCCUGGAUUUUCAAAACACAAUGUAAUUAUGCAUUUUGCAUGUAUUUUAAGAAAUAAAUGUGAUAGAAAGAUGCCAAAGCAUAAAAACUUGUUAAUGGAAAAGGUUUGAUGUAAAAAUACUAACCUGGGAAUAUAAUGUUUCCCAUGCUGGAUUUACUUCAGUUGUGUAAUGUUACCAAUAGGAUGUCAUUAUUGUAGCCUUUUUAGGAGGGCUAUUGUUAAAUAAAUUUGUAAAUAAUUUUUGGAGGUACUUAGAAAUGGUUUUCAAAGCAAAUGCAAUUAUGUAUUGCAUUUUGUGUCGUGAAAUCAUAAUUAUAUUCACGAUAAAAUGAAAUAAAUCAUGUAAAAUGCUCUUUUAUGAAUUUGUAAAACAAUGCAUGAUAUAUCUGAUGUAGAAAUGAUUUUCCAUCAUUAUGAAAUUUCCAAAAGCUUAUUUAUGAACUUGGUUUUGUUUAUUGUUAAUUGAUUAUUGCUGUAAUUAUCAGUUGAUGAACUAUUCAACUGAAAAUUACACAAAUGUAUAGAUUACAUUUGCUUAGAAAGUUUACUGUAAAAAUUGUGGAUGUAGCAUAAUGUAAAAAUAAUUUUGCCAAGCUUUUUAAAAUUGUGUUUUUUGAAAUAUAAAUGAAUUAUUAUCAUUUUAAUGCCAACUUGAGUUGUAUUGCAAAGGAUAAUGGGGACAAAAACUUUCUACCAUGUCUUUCCAAAAAGAUUCCCAGGUCAAAAAGUUAAUUUUGUAGCAGUACAAAUGUUUUGUACUAUCUAAUAAAACUUUCCAUGUUUUCUGUUUGUGAUCAAUUUUAGCUUUAUUUAAACGAAUUCUACAAGUUAUAAUUCAAAAUUUGUACUGAACAGUAAAUUAAGUUUAACCCAAGUUUUGUGCAUUGCUUCGUUUGUAAAUAAUUAUUGCAAUUUAAACAUUGGCAGAAAAGCAUACAGAAUGCUUUUGUAAUUUGUUUCUCCUUAUUGGUCAAUAGAGCAUUGGCCCACUAGCAGAAUUUUCAAAUUCAGUUCAUAACUAUCAUUACCUUCACCUGUUCUUAAAAUUUCAUAUUCUUCCAAGUUUGCAGGUUAACAGACCAUUUGGUUCUGGUAUUUUUUCCCCGCAUUGAUAUGAAAUCAAAACAUGUUAACCGAAUCCAGUUUGAACUUCAUUACAAUAAUCUAUUGCC